AUGAUGCAAGUCUCCUACUUGUUCUCUCUUUACUUUGCUGCUCAGGCAAUGGCAGCUAACCCAAGUCUGACAAGUAAAGGCUGCGUAGAUGCAGCCGGAUUUGAAAGCUGUCAAAAUGACGCCGACAAACAGACAUCAAGCUGUAUCAAACAAGCCAAUCGUGACAACAGUCAAAAAGAACUUCUAGCAUGUGGUUGCCAAGACUCGGUUAAUAACUACAACUGUUAUGCAGCUUACUGCUGGAACAGAGUCUGGGAAUGCGAAUACCAAGAGUACAUCAUCGCGUAUAUGCAGAAUUGCCUAACCGCUAAACUCCCAAUUCCAUACUUCCCUGCCCUAAACGAUGCCCCGGACGCAUGUUCAUGCAAUCUUGGCAAAAUUAAUCUUGCUGUCAACGACGCUAUUCAGCAGGCGGGGACGUGUUCCAACGAUGCCAAUUCUGGUGACGCUGGAGCCAACCUGCAGCAGAUAGAGGGCUGCGGGUGCUGCGAACUCAGCGGUGCUCUUUCAAGCAUAGUUGAGAUUUGCCCCGACACCGAUCCCAAACUCGUCGGCCUAUCGAACCUUGCCACGCUCGAAUCGCAACUCAAUGUCCAAUACACUGAAUGUGGAAAGUACAUGGAUACUUAUGAUUGCAAAUCAGACCUCUCGUUCUCAAUUGACGGCGUCAGCACAUUCUUGAAGCCGGAUGAUGCGCUCAAGACUGGGUCAGCUACAUUGAGUAAUGGCCCUGGAUCUGUGACGACUCCUGCAAGUGGGCAUGUGUUUUCAUAUACCAAUGGUGGCGACGGUGUUGUCUAUACUAUUACGGCUGCUGGAGUUAAAACUGGUUCUGGCAGCGGGAAGUCUGAAGCAACUCAAUCUGAUUCGAACGCUAGUAGAACUGCUUCGGCGGAUGGAACCAAAGCUACAGAGUCAAGCUCCAAGAGUUCAGCGACUGUUUUAAUAGUACAGAGAUUACCAGUUUUGAUAGUGGCCCUUAUCCUAGUGUUUGCAGUAUAG